AUGAAGCGAACCAGGAUUAUUCCCAUUUUGCUAACAUUGUGUCACACGUUAACGUUGGUACAAUGCGAAGAGUACCGCUGUAUAUGGUACGGAGGCUGCGGUCUAGCGCCUAAUGGUGUAGAUCGUACGUGUCUGUCAAACGAUCCACCUAAGCUGAUCAACAACAAAACAGCCGAGAUGAUCCUUCGUGAGAAGUGUCCGCAAUAUUUCGAAGGCAUAGACUCCAGUGCACCGAAACUAUGCUGCGAUGUUGAUAAUAUCAAAACAUUGGCCGAAAAAUUAUCCAUGGCGGAGAAUAUUUUCGGCAGAUGUCCAACGUGCAUUAAGAACGUCUACAAGUUAAUAUGCGAUUUAAGCUGCAGCCCUGAACAAAGUAGAUUUUUAAAUGUUACAAAAACCGCUUUCAACGAGGAGGGCAAAGAGUACGUCGAAGAACUUGAAGUUUACAUUGCAGAGGAAUACAUGACUGAUGCUUAUGACUCUUGCAAGUAUGUCGUUUAUCCGCAAACUGGAAAUUUAGCUAUGGACUUGGCUUGUGGAGUUCACGGCGCCAGUAGAUGCACGGCAAAAUUGUGGUACGAGUAUCAAGGUGAUCCGGAUGUGAACAAUUUCAUAAGUUUCCGAAUGAAGUUCGUAACGGAUAAGCCCUAUUGGAACCAGUCGGUGAUAACGUGCGACCAAAUGUACGAUGGUUUAUCAGCGUGCAGUUGCGUCGACUGUCCAUCGGCCUGUCCUCUUAUGAGAUUAGAAACAAAAAGCAUUGGGCUAGGAAUUAUUAUUGUCGUAAUGAUAUUUCUAAUCGUUUUGUUCAUCGCGUCAACUAUAAUUGUGUGUGUAUUGGUAAUAAACAGAAGAAAACGAAGAUCUUGUUCAGAUAAAACGCCGUUGGAGAGCGCGGAGGAAGAAAUUGAAAGUGAAAACGGGAAGCAAGGAAUCGAUUGCAAAAUGUUCCGCGAGAUGUUCCAAGCGUUCUUUGCUGUUUGGGGCAAAGCGUUCGCGACACGUCCAACCGUCGUAUUGUUCACGUGUUCAUAUGUAAUAUUGGGAUUAAGCUAUGGAAUCACGUUUCUUUCCGUAAUAAGCAACCCUAUAGAAAUUUGGGCAGCGCCUACCAGCAGAGCUAGAAUCGAGAAGGAUUAUUUCGAUUCUCAUUUUCAACCGUUCUACAGAACGGAGCAGAUUUAUAUCAAAGCCGUGGGACUCGAUAAGGUGACGCAUGAAACAUCGAGUGGAACCCUCGAAUUCGGACCUGUGUUCAACAGAGAAUUCUUACUGGCUGUAUACGAUCUUCAAAGUAAAGUAGUACAACUCGGACAAGAGGACGGAGAGGGUUUGGAACGCAUCUGUUACGCUCCCGUACAAAACGAUUUCAGCGGGCCAGUUACUUUGGACCUUUGUACCGUGCAAAGUGUAUGGGGUUAUUUCUUGAACAAUGUCACUCAGUUCAACCAGACAGACACAACGGGUCAAUACGAGGUCAACUAUUUGGAUCAUUUGUACAAGUGUGCACAAAACCCGUAUAAUCCCGAGUGUCUGGCGCCGUACAAGGGACCAGUUUUCCCCGCGUUAGCAUACGGAGGAUUUCUUAAGGAGAAUGAGUUCAACUACGACUCGAAGGAUUAUAUCAAAGGAACCGGGAUAAUCUUAUCCUUUCUGGUUAAAAACUCGCUAAACGAGACUGUGCUUGAAUCGGCCCGCAAAUGGGAGCAACGAUUCCUCGACUUCAUGAAAGAAUGGGUCCGAAAGGAGAGGCCGGAAUUCAUGGACGUCGCUUACGUCACGGAGAAAUCGAUUCAGGACGAGCUGGAACGGUCGUCAAAAGCAGAAAUCAUUACUGUAAUCUUCAGUUACGCCUUGAUGUUUAUAUACGUCGGGUUUGCCCUGAGCAAGGUCAAAUGUUCGAGGCAUUUCAUACAAGAAUAUUUUGCAAACAGCAAGAUAAUGCUGAGCACAGGUGGUGUUAUCAUAGUAAUAACAUCGGUAGCUUGUUCUCUUGGUGUGUUUGGUUACAUAGGAGUACCAACGACACUUCUCACAAUCGAGGUAAUUCCAUUUUUAGUAUUAGCCGUGGGCGUGGACAAUAUUUUCAUUUUAAUUCACACGCAUGAAAGAAAGCCGAAGCUUCCCAACGAAACGAUACCUGAACACAUAGGGAGAAUUCUGGCGGAUGUCGGUCCGUCGAUGUUGCUCACCAGUAUGUCGGAAUGCUUAUGUUUCCUGAUCGGAACACUGUCGGUAAUGCCAGCGGUGAACACUUUCGCGCUCUACGCAUCCAUGUCUAUCUUACUGAAUUUUCUUUUGCAAAUAACCGCCUUCAUUGCCCUUCUAUCGUUGGACGAGCAAAGAUUCCAGAACAAACUGCUGGACGUAUUUUGUUGCGUGAAAACAAAGACAGAGCAUUUUGCAACCGGAGAAAAUUAUAGUUCGAUGCACACCCUGUUUAAACGUUUCUAUACGCCCUUUCUUAUGAAAACUCCCGUCAGAAUAAUCGUGAUAAUCGUAUUCCUCGGUGUUCUGAUUACACAUAUUGCUCUAUUGCCAAAAAUUGGUAUCGGUUUGGAUCAAAAACUCUCGAUGCCCGCAGAUUCUUACGUUUUGAAGUACUUUCAGUUUAUGGAAGAUCUUUUAUCGAUGGGACCACCGGUUUACUUCGUGGUAACUCCUGGCCUCGAUUACAGCAACAGAACGGUUCAAAAUGCAAUUUGCGGCAGUCAAGGGUGUAACACCGACUCUUUGUACACGCAAAUUUACUCGGCAGCCAAGCAGCCGUCUGUGUCCUAUUUGUCGAAAGGAGCUUCAUCUUGGAUAGACGACUACAUGGACUGGUCGAAGAUCACCGGUUGCUGCAAAUACUUUGCAAACAAUCAAACCUUUUGUCCGCACAUAAACAGGGACUGCCUUCCUUGCAACAUUACCAUAGAGGAAUCUCGUCCAAAUGCGUACGGUUUUCAAAAGUACAUACCGUACUUCGUGCAAGAUAUUCCAGAUCCAACUUGUUCAAAAGCUGGUCGAUCUUCGUAUCUCGAUGCAUUGAAUUACUACACCGACAUAACCGGCCUAAACUCUGUUAAAGACAGUUAUUUCAUGGGGUACCACACUCCGCUGAAAAAAUCAUCGGAUUGGUACGAAUCUCUAAGAUCUGCGAGAAUAGUGGCCGAAAAUAUUACAACUAUGAUAAAUAAUCAAAGUUUGUCCGAUAAACAGAUAACCGUGUUCCCAUACAGCGUAUCCUAUGUAUUCUACGAGCAGUAUCUUACCAUCUGGAAAGAAACCGUAUCGUCGUUGGGCUAUUCUCUUUGCGUCAUCUUUGUGGUGACUACCCUUUUGACAGGGCUGUCGUUAUUCUCAGCAAUAAUGGUAUUAACAACGGUACUGAUGAUCGUUAUAAACAUAGGAGGCCUUAUGUAUUGGUGGAGUAUCGAAUUGAACGCAGUCUCUCUUGUUAACUUAGUUAUGGCUACUGGUAUAUCCGUGGAGUUUUGUAGUCAUAUAAUAAAUUCGUAUUUACAUUCCAAAAAAUACACGAGAAUUGAUCGCGUGUCUGAUACGCUUAACCAAAUGGGAAGUUCGGUCUUCUCCGGAAUCACCUUGACAAAAAUUAUAGGAAUAGUGGUACUGGGAUUUUCGAAAACCCAAAUCUUCCAAGUAUUUUACUUCAGAAUGUAUUUGGGUAUCGUACUUUUCGGCGCUACGCAUGGUCUGAUAUUUUUACCGGUAUUAUUAAGUUGCAUAGGUCCGUCAAGGCCGCAAACGAAAUCUGUCAAACUAUCGAAUGGAAAACAUUAAAACCUAAUCUCAUUCACCACUGACAAAACAAAUUAAUCUAACUAUUUCACUCUAUAAUUUAUUUGCUCGCUUUAAUUGCGCGACCACGCGAAAACUAUUUACACCAUUUGAC